AUGUCAUCAUUGGAGCUAAUCGAAGUUUGCCGAAAGGAGUCGUCUAGAUGCAAACAAGAGGGAUCUGUAAAUGAAGUUAUUGAACUUAUAUCAGAAGGUGAUAGCAUCUUGUCAAAAAAGGAGAAACGCGCCAAUCAGUAUCCGUCAUCGCCAACACCCCAUCCCAUUUCAAGUCCAAGCGAGAUUCACAAUGAAAGAUUCGAAAAUUCAUGCCACUUAGACUCAGAGAAACUGUUAGGUGGUUUUCAGAAUGACACUAGCUUGGAUCUAUUAUCAACUGCAGCCGCGAAUCAACAUGAAUUGUUGGAUAAUGGAAACGACACUGGGGAAUUAGAACCGUUGAAAUAUUCUAGCGUCAACGAAUCUGUUCGCAAAAAACCAAAAGCCAGAGAUCAAAGCUCAAUGCUGAACGAGUUACUCGGGGACAACAUGUCAUCCUCUGAAAUUAGUAUAUCUAAUCUGAGUAACACUGUUCAUCAAGGGAGUCCCUUAAACAUGAAGAAAAUUGCAUCUAAAUGGCUUCAGACUAAAAACCCCGGUUCUAGUACCUUCGAAGAUCCACCAACGCCAGUGCCUGAGAAGACCUUGUUUGUAAGCCAAAAAGAUGGAGAUCUUUCUGCGAUAGAGGAGAGUUCACAGGUUGACAUUAUGACAAAUGGGAAAAGUGGCGCUUUGAAGAUUGACCUUGAUAACAGUUCGAAUUUUGCGAAACCUGCGUCUGUUGUAAAUUCAAACCUGGCUACUUGCAUAAACAGAAACAACUUAAUUAUUGGAUGUGGUAAGAAAGUGCGAGCGCACAUUAAUUUCGAAGCUCCCGAGAAAGGUUAUCUUUUAGAUAAAUUCAUUUUGAACUCACGAGCAUUUACAGAGGACGAGGCCAAACGGGAAGUCUCGCAGGCCCUAGCUAACUCGAGCUUGAAAAGAGAAUUCAACUUAGUCAACAAGAUUUUGAAAGACCCUGUCGCUCUUAGAGAAGAAUUGCUUAUUGAUAUGGAUGAAAAUCUUCUAAACGAUAUCAAGGGCAAAGGGUUGGAUCUCAAGGAGGUUCUUGAGCCUACGGAAAUUAUUCACCUCCAUAGUCAUAGACCUUUACUGAAAAUAUUGCGACGAUGCAAAUCAGUAUAUGACGCCAAUCGAGACUUGUUUUAUCCUCGGGAACCAACCAUAAAGAAAGAGAAAGUAAGCAUUUUGCUAUAUGAUGCUUUAGAAUUUUUUUCCAUGCUAAAAUCACAGGAUUAUGAACUAAAAUUUACGUUUGAAAGUUUUGGGAUUCAGGACGACACCAAAAUAAUAUUACUCAAUGAUUAUACAUCUCUUGAGAGAGGUUUACAAAAUUUAGAGGACAAGCGAUAUCGUGAUCGUAUACAGGACUCAUUGGGCUCUCAAUCGACCGCUUCACAGAACAGGCGCCAGAGUAAAAAGGCUCGUGAACUGGAAGAAAUUGGCGUUAAAUCGAACGAACUAACAUUUAUUUCAGAAAAGAUUGCAUUGCAAGAAGAUGUCCGCAUCUUCCUGUUUGGAUCAACGCAAGCUCUUGGGUUGUGGCUUAAAAGCCUGAUACCUGUGGUUAGUAGAAUACGCUACGAUCCCCAAAUAAGACAUUUGGAUUGGUCACACAUUAAUGUCAAAUCUGCACAGACACCCCAAGAAGUGGUGAGUGGUACCUUAGAGCAAUUGAACAAAAUGACAAACCUGCGUGCCCGAAGGGUAUCAAGCUUUUAUCAAUCAUUUCAGUCAUUAUACAAAGAUAUCACGAAAGGCUUCAUAAUGAGCGGCGACGACGGUCAGCCUAUGAUGCCAAAGAAUGCUGAAAGAGCAAUGGUUACCUUACUUACUUCAGAUGACCCUGACGAACUCAUUUAUGUAGAUUGA